AUGAACUUUCUGGAACUUUAUGAGUUGGAAAUCUAUGAGAACUUCAUGACACUUCCUGGGCCACAGACCAUUUUGGAGAAAUUACGCACACCAAUUAUUGGGACGGAAUCGCUGAUGAAUUUCACCACCAGGCCUCGAAUACUGAACCGUUUCUGA